CUCUGGCACCAACGACUUGGGCAUCCCAGCUGGGACUCGACGAACAAGAUGCUUGCCUCGACGCAGACCUACGCGACUGGGAUUGCUGUUGUUGGGCAACACUCAGCGUCUCCGAAAUGCGUAGGUUGCUUGCUCGGCAAAUCCGCUCGUCCAGCUUUCGAGAACCCUGCGAAUCGCGCCUCCGUUCCCAACGAACUCCUGCACAUGGAC